UCCAGCUUCUCCUGUGAGCGGCAGCUCCCGGCACAUCGCGCCGGGCAGGGGCACAGCGGGGCAGCUGUCAAAUGACAACGCUCUAGGAGCCCGUCCGCCCGCCGCCGCUGCUGCCGAUGGCAGCGUAGGAUCCCCGCAGGAUGGGGGCCCCGCGCAGGGAACGGCCCCGCUGGCUGGGGACCCUCCUGGCCGCCUGCCUGGCCACCCUCCCGGGCAUCAGCGCCUGUCCCCGGCCCUGCGCCUGCCACGGCUCCGCCGAGCUCCACUGCACCUUCCGCUACUUCGCCGCCGUCCCCCCGCGCAUCCCGCCGGACGUGCAGCGCAUCAACCUGGGCUACAACAGCCUGAGAAAACUCAGCCCCACGGACUUUGCUGGCCUGGAGAAACUGGAGUUGCUGAUGCUGCACAGCAAUGAGAUCAGCACGAUCCCUGAGAAGGUGUUCAGUGAUUUACGUUCACUACAGGUCUUAAAAAUGAGUUACAACAAGGUCAGAGUGCUUCAGCAGGAUGUAUUUUAUGGCCUGAACAGCUUGGUACGGCUGCAUAUGGACCACAAUCAAAUUGAAUUUGUGAAUCCCAAUGUUUUCUAUGGGCUCACUUCCUUGAGGUUGGUCCACCUGGAUGGAAAUUUACUUCAGCAGCUGCAUCCAGACACUUUUGUCACCUUGCGCUAUAGUCAAAUAUUCAGAAUAUCCUUCCUGAAGCACAUCUCUCUAUCUGACAAUGUGCUGACUUCACUUCCACAAGAAAUGUUUUCCUACAUGUCAGAGCUCGAGAGCAUUUACCUCCACGGAAACCCCUGGUCCUGCGACUGCAGCCUGCAGGGCUUCGCCAGGUGGGCCCGGGAGAGACCAGAUGUUAUAAAGUGCAGAAAAGAGAGAAGUUCUGGUGUCCAGCAGUGCCCAGUCUGUGCUAGUCCCAAAACUCAUAAUGGGAAAAGUUUAGUGGAUCUCCCUUCUGCAUCUUUCACCUGCACUAAGCCAGUCAUCCAUGACUCCCUGAAAUCCAGAAACCUCACGGUGCCAGAUGAUGGGGAUUUCAGUUUCGUGUCUCCCAAGGACUUGAUAGCUCCGAUAGGAUCUGUGGUUUUGAAUAUGACUGACCAAGCAGGAAAUCGAGGCAACAUGGCUUGCAAUGUUCAGAGACCUAAAGAAAUGUCUCCCAUCUCAUUUGACAAAAAUGGCCCCAGCCGAGUGCUCAAAACCUCGUUCUCAGCAUUCCUGGUGUGUGGUAUCGAUGAUGGACACAUCCAGCAGCUGUGGAGCAUCCUGGCACUGUACAGCAACUCUCCUUUGAAACUGGAGCGAACUGCGCGGACAGCUGACGAGCCUUUCAGUACCUGCAAAUAUAAGCAGAUCAUCAGUGAGAAAGAUGAACUUUUCACCAGUAUCGAGGCUGAGCUGCGAGCUGAGCCAGCCUGGCUGAUGCAGAGCCACGUGUCCCUGCAGCUGGACAGGACAGCCACCACGCUCAGCACGCUGCACGUCCGCUACGCCACCGAGGCCCAGCUCGCCCUGCCCAGCGAUGACAAAGACUGGGUGAGACACCACUGGGCCAUCAUUUCCAGGGACAACAGCACCCAAACAGAGCACACGGUGCUGGUCGGGGGCACCGUGGAACUGGGGUGCCAGGCAGCUGGAGAGCCGGCUCCCGCCGUGGAGUGGAUAUUGGCCGACAGCAGCAAAGUGCGAGCUCCUCACAUCAGCGAAGAUGGGAGAAUCAUAGUCCUCAAAAGCGGGGUGCUGACGCUGCGGACAGCUGACGUGUUUGACUCGGGGCUCUACCACUGCAUCAGCACCAACCACGAGGACGCCGACGCGCUCCCGUUCCGAAUCACGGUGCUGGAUCCUCACGUGGAGCACAGCAGGCUCAAUGGAGCCCGGCUGUCGGCUGCUCCCGGCAGCACACUGCACCUCCCCUGCACAUCCACGGCUGCUCCGGACGCUGCCGUUACCUGGGUGCUCCCUGAGCACACAAUUCUCCGACACUCUGGUGGAAACAAACAUAUUUUUGCCAAUGGCACCUUGAGAAUACAAGGGGUGACAGAGCGAGAUGUGGGCUACUUCCGAUGCGUGGCAGCCAACCGGUACGGCGUUGAUCUUUUGGUUUUCCAAGUGCUGAUGAGACAGGAAGAAACUGCUCUGAAGAAAAAGCAUGGAGCUCUGGGAGAGUGGGAAGAAGGCUCUGGCAAUGAACUGCUGCGCUCUGCUGCAGCACAGAGACAUCCCUCAGGCACUCCAGCCACCCUGAGAGCUCACGGGGAGUCUGCUGCAUCAGCAGCCAGCAGCCAGGGCGCGCAGAGCGCGCGUCACAGGAACAGCCACGGGAAAAUGCCUCACUGGCCCUACGGAGACAGAACAGGCAGGCGGUUCAGGGGACACAGGAGACAGUUUGUUUCCUCAGGCAGGAGAGUGGAUCCACAGCGAUGGGCAGCCUUGCUGGAGAAAACAAAGAGGAACUCGACAGUGACAGACAAACGAGGAGAAGCUGCAACAGAACCACCCGUUCAAGUCCAUAAGCUCUCAGAGGUACCCGAGGAUGAGGAGGAGACAUCUGGUGAUCUCAUAUCUCCAGAAGAAGAAUUCAUACCAGCAACAGGGAGAUCCCCAGUAUCUGCUCUGGGGAGAGCAACAGAGCUCAUGAUCACUGCAGGGCCCGAGGAGACUGCGAAUCCCCCUCCUGCCUGGGACACCUCUCUCCUGCUCCCAGAGCCAUUAACUCCCCUACCCUCACCUCUUCCACACCCUGUGACACCUGCCAGCAAAAGGCCACAAACACUUCCAAAACCUACAGACCCACGGGAAAGAUCUGUUUUGAGUCAAAUAUCAGCAAAUGGUGUAAAACAGUCCGCUGUACCAAGUGGAACAGCCACACUCUUCCCUGCUGUGCAAAAGUCAAUAUAUUCUGGGCAAAGUAAUAGCCAGCAUCUAAAGUCUGCAUCCAGGACACCCACGACAGAAGCUACAGGCACCAGCAGGGCUGUAACUCCCCAAAACACAGCAGACAAGUUACAUAUUUUUACUGAGUCUAUUGAUAAUGUCUCCACCAAAACAGAUCACCAGGUCCCUGUGGCAACAGUCAACGCACCAAGCCCUGAAUUUGGCCCCAUUUAUUUUCACAGUACUCAGAAAGGAGGAGCCCCUACUCCACCACUGGCCUCGACUUUCACUACUCGUCAGCAAAUCCAGCUUAUCCAGGAUGUUCCAACACAUCCACCCCAGCUCCAGCAGCACUAUGGAAGACGAAGGAAAUUUUCUGGUCGGAGACGACUUGUUAGACCAGGACGUAUCCCAAGUAUGAAAGAGCACCGAUACAAUUCUGGGAGGCCGGGGUCUGCCAGAGGAAGUACAGCGGUGGCUACAGGUGUUCAAGUGAAUAUGAACUAUGUAUCAAAUGUACCAGCCUUAAAUAACUUCAGCAGUUCCAUCAAUCCAUUUAGCCCAGAAACACCCCUGUCUUCCCCCUCCACCGUGAAUACACCAUUGGAGCACCCCGUGGGUACCCAUCAAAACACAGCAUUCCUCAGGGAAGAGGAACAGAAACAUAGUGCAAGGCAAAAAGCUGCUGCCACAGCCAUGCCUGUCACUGCAGAGGACACUGCCACUACUGCAACCAGUGGAUUGGGUGUGACGGGUUUGAAGCCAACAGUUGCACUUGUUAUCACUCCUCAAACCGACACCAGAGUCACCAAAAGUAAAAUACUCAGAGUGGGAGGAAGGAGAGGUCAGAGAAGGAAGAGGCCUCCUAAAACACCUAUCCCAGAGCAUGUGGCUGCAGCCCAGAGCACUGCAGCCACCCCUGCAGCGAGCACAGCCACCCCCACGGUGACAGCUCUUCCAUCACCAGCUGUGCCUCCGAGCCUUGCCCCUGCAAAACCUCUCCCUGGGAGCGUCAGUGCAGUCCCCAGGACCAAAACACCAGCGCUGGGGAUCCCUGACAGCCGCCAGGCACCUCAGCACAGGCCCACGGCAGCCACACAGACAUCAGCAACCGCGGGCACCCGGAGGAACACGCAGUCAGCCACGCCACUGCCUGGCACUGUGACUGCUCAGAGCUCCCCCAUGGCACUCCAAACCACACCAGACCCACAGAGGAACACCCAGCUGGCCACGUCACCAGCUGCUAGCCCUGCCCAGACUCCCACCAUGGCUGUCCAAACCUCACCACGGCUGGACGAGCCCCCUGCUGCCACGAGUGCCCGACCUGCUGCAGCCAGUGCCACGUCAGGGCCAGCACCUGCCCAGCACACCAGAGCCACUGCUGCGGCAGGAGAAAAGCCCUGCCUGGAAACGGGGGAGGGAGCUGUCCGGGAAAAGCAGGCAGCACAGCAGGAAAAGCCUGGCACCGCAGUGCCAGCAGGAGCCGUGCCCAGCGCUCCCGCUGCAGCCACCGCUGCCGGCGCCCAGCACCGCGCCCCUCUGCCGGCCCCGGCCGUGCCCGCAGCGCCCCCGAGAGCCUCCGAGCCCCCGCGGGGCCAUGGCCAGCUCCAGCCCAGGCCACCCCCCGAGGGCACGGGGAGGGGGAACACACUGCAGCCCCCGCAGAUCGCACCUCCGCGGGGAGGGGACAAGGACAGCUCUGUCAGUGCCUGGUCUGAAAGGCGACAAAAUCAAGACACCACCACCCUCCCCAGUCCCAUCACCUUAGGUUCUGCAAGCAGAAACCAUUUUUCAAAGCCCAGAAUAGUCGGAGGGAAACUGGCUGCUUUCACUCUGCUGGCGAAUUCUGAUGCUUUUAUUCCUUGUGAAGCUACUGGGAAUCCCCCUCCAACAAUACACUGGACCAAGAUACCGUCAGGGCGCGAUGCCGCGGGCCGCGGCGGUGCCGGCCGCUGGGCCGUGCUGCCCAACGGGACGCUGGCCAUCGCCCGGGCGGGGCCGCAGGACGGCGGGCACUACCUGUGCACGGCGGCCAACGCGCACGGCGCGGCGCGGCUCCUGGUCACGCUGGCCGUGCUGGCCCACCCGCCCCGCAUCGCCGGCGGCCGCGGCCGCCCGCUCACCGCGCACUCCGGGAGCAGCGUGGCGCUGCCCUGCAGGGCCCAGGGCAGCCCCCCGCCCCGCAUCUCCUGGCUGCUGCCAGACGGCGCCGAGCUCGGGCACUCCUCCGCGGGCAGCGGCAGAGCGCUCGUGGAGCCGGACGGCACGCUGGUCAUCCGGGCGGUCACCGUGUACGACAGGGGCCUCUACACGUGCCUGGCCAGGAGCCCCGCGGGCACCGACGCGCUGCCGGUGAGGCUGCAGGUGGUGGCCGCGCCCCCCACCAUCCUGGAGGAGAGGAGGCAAAGCGUGGCAGGAACGGCGGGGCAGAGCCUGAGCCUGCCCUGCACGGUGCAGGGGAAGCCGCAGCCCAGCGUGCACUGGGUGCUCCCCGGCGGCGCGGCGCUGCGGCCGCUGCAGCCGCUGCGCGCCGGGCUGCUCCUGCUCCCCAACGGCACGCUGCAGCUGGGCAGCGCGGCCCCCUCCGACAGCGGCACCUACGAGUGCAUAGCCACCAGCUCCACGGGCUCGGACAGGAGGGUGGUCAGCCUCGUGGUGGAGCGCAGAGAGACCCUUCCAAAAAUAGCCAUCGCCUCUGGAGAACUGACUCGGCUGAACUUUGGGGAGAGGUUGCUUCUGAACUGUACAGCAAGUGGGGAGCCCAAGCCCAAGAUAAUCUGGAGGCUGCCCUCCAAGGCUGUUGUGGACCAGUGGCACAGAAUGGGGAGUCGGAUCCAUGUCUACCCCAAUGGAUCCUUGGCUAUUGAAGCAGUUACAGAAAAGGAUGCAGGUGAUUACCUGUGCGUCGCAAGAAACAGAAUUGGGGAGGAUCUGAUACUGAUGAAAGUCAGCAUCACCAUGAAACCAGCCAAGAUUGACCACAAACAGCAGUUCAAGAAACUGGUGCCGUAUGGGAAGGAUUUCAGAGUGGACUGCAAAGCCUCAGGGUCGCCCACACCAGAAAUAUCCUGGGGCCUGCCAGACGGGACGGUGGUGAACAACGCGAUGCUGGCGGAUGACGGCGGGCACAGGGCUCGCAGGUACGUCCUCUUCGGCAACGGGACCCUGUACCUCAACAAAGCUGGAGUGGCAGAAGGAGGAGACUACACGUGCUACGCCCAAAACACUCUGGGGAAGGAUGAGAUGAAGAUCCACGUCACGGUCAUUGUGGCAGCCCCUCAAAUAAAGCACAAUUACAAGACACACAUUAGAGUGGCAGCUGGAGACACAGCCCUGCUGGACUGUGAGGCUGCUGGAGAACCCAGGGCACAGAUAUUCUGGUUGCUGCCCUCCAGUGAGAUGAUCUCCUCGUCCACAGACAGGCACUCCCUGCACGCCAACGGCUCGCUCUCCAUCAGCCAGGCCAGCCUGCUGGAUGCUGGGGAGUACCUGUGUGUGGCUCGGAACCCUGGCGGGGACGACACCAAGCUGUAUAAGCUGGAUGUGGCUGCUAAACCCCCCAUCAUAAACGGUUUAUACAGGAACAAAACGAUCAUGAAGGUGACGGCAGUGAGGCACUCCAAGAAGCACAUCGACUGCCGGGCGGAAGGGACACCUCCUCCUCAGAUUAUGUGGAUCAUGCCUGAUAACAUUUUCCUAACAGCCCCAUAUUAUGGGAGCAGGAUUGUGGUGCACAAAAACGGGACACUUGAGAUUCGGAACAUCAGGCCCUCAGACACGGCAGAUUUUAUCUGUGUGGCACGUAACGAUGCGGGAGAGACUGUGCUGGUGGUGCAGCUGGAAGUCACAGAAAUGCUACGGAGACCAAUGUUCAAAAACCCUUUCAACGAAAAAAUAAUAGUAAAACCUGGGAAAACUACCACACUGAACUGUUCUGCGGAUGGAAACCCUCCCCCGGAUAUAAGCUGGAUGCUGCCCAAUGGCACACGGUUUUCCAGCAGCAUCAGGACAUCCCAGUUUUUCACAGGAAGCAAUGGGACCCUGACCAUCUACAGUCCCGAGAGACACCACGCCGGGCGCUACCGCUGUGCUGCCCGCAACCAGGUUGGCUACAUAGAAAAGCUGAUGGUCCUGGAGGUUGCCCAGAAGCCCAACAUCCUCACCCGCCCUGCAGGGCUGGUGAAGGGGGUCAGCGGGGAGCCUUUGUCGCUCCACUGCCUGGCCGAGGGCAGCCCCCAGCCCAGGCUGGCGUGGACGCUGCCAGGGGGCCGCGUGCUGGACCGGCCGCAGGUCAGCGGGAGGCACCUGCUGCUGGAGAACGGCACCUUGGUCAUCCGGGCAGCCUCGGCCCAGGACGCAGGGAAUUACGUGUGCAGGGCCCACAACGAUGCUGGAGACUCCUCCCUCACCAUUCCCGUCACGGUCGCAGCCUACGCCCCGCGGAUCAUGGGCAGGCCCCCCCCAGCCAUCCACACCAUGCCAGGGGCAGCAGUGCAGCUCCACUGCGUCGUGCUGGGCAUCCCAAAACCAGAAAUCACCUGGGAGUUACCUGACCGCUCCACGCUCUCUACAGCUCACCAGGGCCGGGGGUCUGGGGGCGAGCUGCUCCACCCCACGGGGACUCUGCUCCUGCAGAACCCCCGACCCUCCAGUUCUGGUGUGUACAAGUGCACAGCGAGGAACCCCCUUGGCACCGACACCGCAGUCACCUACGUGCACAUCAUCUGAGUCAGAAACGCAGCAGGAACGUGGGGAACACGGGCUGGCCGGGCUGGGCUCAUCCUUGCCAUGGCUUUAAUCGAAGGCAGCCGCAAGUGAGUGCCUGGACACAUCCACAGCAUUCAGUCUGCAGUCACUGGGCAAAAGGAGAGGGGAAAGGGAAAAUUAGCUCUAGCGUUAUUUGCUGGCAUUGGUCCUCUCCAUGUUCAGGGGAUUUAAAUGAAAGCAAAAUUAAGGAACUUCUGCUCUGCAAAAUAAUAACAAACUGACUAUCAAACAUGGCAAUUUUCUGGAAACGUGCCCAGAGAGCUCUUGCACGGACACAGUUUUGCAUCAUUUCAAUACUGCCCACCUUGUAUGACUGUCACAAGCACGGAUCACAGAGGGCAAGGACACCUGGGAACUGAGGAGCAGGUUUAUUGGGAUGCAGAUUACCUUCUUAAUGUGUUUUAAUAUUUAGUAUGUUUUUUAAAUAAAUAAUCCAUGAUGUAACAA